GGGCCCCCGGCCUUGGCUCCGGCCUGUCCUCACGCACCCUGCUCUGCAGGCACGGGCGAGAGCGGGAAGAGCACGUUCAUCAAGCAGAUGCGCAUCAUCCACGGGGCGGGCUACUCGGAGGAGGACAAGCGGGGCUUCACCAAGCUCGUGUAUCAGAACAUCUUCACCGCCAUGCAGGCCAUGAUCCGCGCCAUGGAGACCCUGAAGAUCCUGUACAAGUACGAGCAGAACAAGGCCAACGCGCUCCUGAUCCGUGAGGUCGAUGUGGAGAAGGUGACGACGUUCGAGCACCGGUAUGUCCACGCCAUCAAGACCCUGUGGGACGACCCUGGCAUCCAGGAGUGCUACGACCGGAGGCGCGAGUAUCAGCUCUCGGACUCCGCCAAGUACUACCUGGCCGACGUGGACCGCAUUGCCACCUCGGGCUACCUGCCCACCCAGCAGGACGUGCUGCGGGUCCGAGUGCCCACCACCGGCAUCAUCGAGUACCCUUUCGACCUGGAGAACAUCAUUUUCAGGAUGGUGGACGUCGGGGGGCAGCGGUCGGAGCGGAGGAAGUGGAUCCACUGCUUUGAGAACGUGACGUCCAUCAUGUUCCUCGUGGCCCUGAGUGAGUACGACCAAGUGCUGGUGGAGUCGGACAACGAGAACCGCAUGGAGGAGAGCAAAGCCCUGUUCCGGACCAUCAUCACCUACCCCUGGUUCCAGAACUCCUCGGUCAUCCUGUUCCUCAACAAGAAGGACCUGCUGGAGGACAAGAUCCUGCACUCCCACCUGGUGGACUACUUCCCGGAGUUCGACGGGCCACAGCGGGACGCCCAGGCCGCCCGGGAGUUCAUCCUGAAGAUGUUCGUGGACCUGAACCCCGACAGCGACAAGAUCAUCUACUCCCAUUUCACAUGCGCCACCGACACGGAGAACAUCCGCUUCGUGUUCGCGGCCGUCAAGGACACCAUCCUGCAGCUCAACCUGAAGGAGUACAACCUCGUGUGACCUCGCCGCGGCCGCCCGAGGGAAGAGGGGGAGCCCCAGGCGGGCCCCUCCUUGGGGCGCCGCGCCCGGCCGGCUGUCCCGGCUCCGCCCGCAGACCGGUGGAUUUCGUUUUCAUAUUUUUAACAAAUGGUUUUUAUUUCACAGUUAUCAGGGGACGUACGUCUUUCUUUCUUACACCUCGUGCACCUUCUCACCUGUGUCAGCGGCAAGGCCGCCUUUUCUUGGCCUUGACUCGGGGCUCGCUUUUUUCUAAAAAAAUAAAACAAGAAAACAAGAAAAAAAAAGGAAGCAGAAGAACGGAUGGAGACAAGUGGAGACGAGCGGCCCCGGGCCGGCGGCCUCCCGGCGGUCACGCGGGGACAGAGCCAGCCGCCGGCCUCGGACUCCCCGGCUUGCCGUCCCGUCCCCUCGUUUCUUGGUCGUUUCCCUCCCAGGCGCGGCGGCGGAGGCCUGGGGACUGUGACUUCUCUCUCUUUCUCUUCCUAAGUUAUUGACACCCUGGACUCCAAGAAGUGGGGGUGGGUGGCGCCCCCCGCUGCCCGCCCUGGGAAGUGCCUAACCUUUUUUUUUUUUUUUUUUUUUUUUUGGUGAGGAAGGAAAACGCAGUGUGCCCACUCUUUGGUCAGGGAGACGGCCUGGCUCUCAGCCCUCCCCGCCCCCGCAGACCUCUGGGGGCCCUCCCAGGGCCCUGCAGGCUGCCAUCCGCACACCCCCGAGGGUCGCGUACCCUCCGGCCCUGGCCGAGGGCACCCCGCUGCAUCCAGGAGGCCAGAAGGAGGCCCCUUUGGACUGGGAGUCACUUUUGAUGUGUUCUGUUUUGAAAGCAGUUUGGAAACAGUGCGAGUGGGGUGGGGACUUUUUCAGAAUCUUCUCAGGUCUGUCCCCUGGAGGCAGGAGCGGAGGAGUCGCCCCUGGCGGGGUUCUCGGAGGCUUCCGGCAGCAAGCACUUGCCCCCACGUCUUGCAGGUCCGCCCCGAGCCCCACCCCGGGAAGCGAGCACGCAGCACACGCACUUUGCCCAGAGCCAUCGAGGGCCCGCGGUGGCCAGGCCGUGUGGAGGCCGGUAGCUGGCGCCUCGGCCCCCUGGUGGUUUCCAGGCCUGGCCACGGCCACGGCCACGCACUGAGCCAGAGCCGGGGCCGCCUUGCCUGAGCCCCCUUCUUCCGAGGGGCUCAGAGGGUGGGAACAAGCAGGGGGCUGUUUUGGGGGGGGGGGGGGGAUGAGGUGGCUGUUUCAUCUGAUGUAGACUGAGCAUGCACUACAGUGUUUUUCUGUGGGUUGGUUGUUUUGAUUUGCACAAAGUAACAGGGAUGAACCGCCGGUGAUGCCUUGGGCCCGCCCAGGACAUCUGGCCGCGGCGCGUUAGCGGUCUGUGUGGCUGCUGCUUAUUGGGGCCGUCUUCGAACACGGUAGAAACAGCUCAACCACCAGCCCAGACGCCGGUCCUGUGUGCCUGGCCCGCUUCCUCUGUGCUCCGGAGGAGGAAGGACGAGUCUUGUGGCUCCCGCACAGAGUCCCUUGAGGGCGGGGUGGCUGCGUUCCUGGUGAUCGGCCCUCUCUGGGGGCAGAAUUGGCAGGGGGGGCAGGGCCCCCGCUUUCUGUGCCAGUCGUCCCUCGGUGCCUCUACCGAAAGGGCCCUUGUGCCGUGUGUGUAUGCGAGGUGUGUGCUGUGGGCCAGCAGCGGGGAACGCAGGGUCCUGGCUGGGUGGGCACCUCCAUGUCUUAGCGCCUCUCUGGGGCCCGGAUCGCCAGGGAACCGGAUUGGGCUCUCAGGGUGACGUGCGCCGCGGGCCUGAGGCACCCAGAGUAUUCACUUUUCCCAGAGGGAGCAGUAUGCCAAGCACCCCAAAGCCAGAGCCUGGUGCUCCCGGCCCCCGGGGGGGGGCGCCCCGGGCGCUGUGCGCCGCGGGGGGUGCGAGACCAGUUCUGUGCCAAUGUCAGCGGGGGGGACCACGUGGUCUGGGCCCCUCCCUCGCCCAUCUUGUGAGGUUUGUUUGUGUUGUUUUACACCCUGGUGGACUUUCUCGAGAGUGCGGGUCUCCCGCCCCUCCCGCCGCGUCGUCAGAUCCCCAGCAGAGGGGAAGCCGCGCCUGCUCCCAGUGCCAACGCCCCCCCUCCCCCCCCCGCGGCCGUGCGGGGAUCGUGCGGGGAUGCUCCGGCAGGCCGCCGGCAGACGUUCUCCGGUUAUACUUGUAUAUUACACAGGCCUGAUUUCAGACGAUUUAAACCUUAACCUAUUUUAAAGAAGAAUAUUAUAUAAAAAUACUGUUUUUAAACCUUUUGUCAUUUGAAAUGCAUGUAUUGUGAGCGCUGGGGGAUGGGCACGUUAGCUCAAUGCCAACGUCCUGGGGCCAAGGCUGCCGAGGUCGGGCGGGCUGGACGGCAGGCUUUGCUCAUCGUGUCGGGGCCCUGACCCCUUAAUCCAGAGAUACCUGAUGGAAAUUGACUUUUCAUAUCUUUCUCCUGAAAUGAAUUCUGUUUUAAAUUGGAAUAAAUUCUGUUCCUAAAUGC